AUGUCGCAUGGUUCCGUUGACCAUGGCGCCAACAUGGCAUAUGGGGCACAUCUCGCCAACGAUGAUAAUCCAUACCAUCCUUUUAAUUCUCAGAUCAAAUGGGAGGUUGCGAGAUGGGCGAAAGUUCGCGGAGCAACGUCUACAGCAUUUACGGACCUGCUCUCCAUUGAUGGAGUUAGUGAACGUUUAGGGUUGUCAUUCAAGAACACCAAUGAACUGAACAAGAUUAUCGACCACGAACUUCCAACUGGACGCCCCAAGUUCCAACGGGAGCAGGUCGUCGUCGCAGGAGAAUCAUUUGAUUCACUGUACGGCGAUACCGACUUCGCAAGAUACCUUACAUUCGCGCCGGAGCACCAUUACACUGAUGAAGAUCAGACUGUUCGUCUGUUUCAUGACAUGCAUACUGGAAAGUGGUGGUGGAACAUGCAGAAAAAACUUGAUCAGCAUUGUCCGGGUGGGACCAUCAUUCCGAUUAUCAUCUCAACGGACAAAACGCAAGUCACUAUGUUUCGCAACAAGUCUGCAUACCCGGUGUAUCUCACCAUUGGUAAUAUCCCAAAGGAAAUUCAUUGCAAACCUUCGCACAGUGCUCACAUUCUUCUGGCCUAUCUACCAACUACUCGUCUCGAACACAUCGCCAACAAGGCUUCACGCCGUCGGUCUAUCGCCAACCUAUAUCACGCUUGCCUGAGUUGUGUGCUUGCUCCUUUGGAACAUGCUGGAUUAGAGGGCAUCAAUAUGUGCACUGGAGAUGGUGCUCUUCGCCGCUGCCACCCUUUAUUUGCGAGUUUUGUCGGUGAUUAUCCAGAGCAACUUCUCGCGACAGGAAUCAAGUUCGGUGACUGCCUGAAAUGUGAUGUUGAGAAGGACAACAUGGAAAGCAAUACAGUACAACUUCACCUUCGAAAAAUAGGUGAGGUGCUGGAUGCACUCGCGGCACUCGAUCAAGGAAAUCUUGCCUUUGUUCGCGCAUGUGCCACAGUAGGAAUCAAACCUGUGAUACAUCCUUUCUGGGAGAAACUCCCGUUUGCGAACAUUUUUCAGAGUGUCACGCCUGAUGUGUUGCAUCAGCUAUAUCAGGGCUUGGUGAAACACCUUUUGGCAUGGUUAGAGGCCGCUUGUGGAGCCACGGAAAUCGAUGCUCAUUGUCGAUGGCUUCCUCCCAACCAUCACAUUCGAUUAUUCACUAAAGGUAUCACCACCUUAUCGUGUAUAUGCCGCUUCCUCCUCGGCAUCAUAAUUGACAUUUGUCUGCCCAACAAUCUCAAUUCAGGUCGCCUUCUACGAGCUGUAUGGGGGCUACUCGACUUCAUGUACCUCGCGCAAUACCCUUGCCAUAGCACUGAGACCCUUCAGUUACUGGACGAGGCGCUAGACCUUUUUCAUGAGAACAAGCUCAUUUUCGUCAAUCUCGGGAUUCGAACCAAUUUUAACCUACCGAAGUUGCAUGCUGCUCGUCACUAUCCUCGGAUGAUCAUGCAGUUCGGCUCAACUGACAAUUAUAACACAGAGUACACAGAACGGCUCCAUAUCGACUUGGCGAAAGAUGCCUACCACGCUACAAAUCACAAGGACGAUCGUAAACAAGUCAUGGUGAAACACCCCAGCGCGAAGUCCGUCAGCCUCGAAACGCUGGCUACGGACUAUGUUGAUGCCCGCGGCCAUGGCAAUGCACACGUUACUUUGGACAGUGUCCAUGCAAAACCACGACGCAAGUUUGGCUCCCAUGUCAUUGCUCGCCGAUCUGAUACAGCUCUAGUGAGGCUGGGUGCGAAUUCGAAGGAUCUUCAAGAAUUCCGUGUCGGUCAAGUUCGAGUGAUUUUCACCUUACCACCAAAGUGCAUCCCACUGCUCUUCCCACCAACAAUCCAUCUUCCUACUCACCUUGCAUAUGUCGAGUGGUUCACACUGUUUUCACCAGCUCCAGACCGCAAUAGCGGACUAUAUAAAGUCUCGCGUUCACUGCGCGGUGGUGACACCAUGGCUAGUAUUGUGUCGAUUGCUGACAUUGAGCGCAGUGUUCAUCUUAUACCGAGGUUCGUACUCAAGGACUGUGACACCUUCUGGUUGAACUCGUACAUAGAUAGAUAUACUUUUUCAAUGUUUAGAUAA